CUCGUUGACUGUUUACAACCUCAAUGGCGCAAGUACCGUAAUUCUUUCCAAGUCUGAUUGAAGACGGGCUCCUGUGGAUCCUGGCCAUGGAUGAAGAGUUGACGCCUUUGGACUGUCUGCUGCCCUCAGGCACACAGAGGAUCUGUCUGAUCAUUCUGAACCAGCCUCUGGAUAAGGACUACCUACACAUCCUCUGGAGUAAAGCUCUCUUGAGGGCAUGUGCUGAUGGAGCUGCCAAUCAUCUUCAUAACACCACUGCUGGAGAUCGCGACAGCUUCCUCCCCGACUAUAUCAGCGGGGAUUUUGAUUCCAUUACUGCUGAGGUCAAAGCUUUCUAUGCAGACAAGGGGUGCAGGCUGAUAGAAACCGCUGACCAGGAUCUAACAGAUUUCACCAAGUGCCUCGCAGUCAUGGUGGAGGAGAUUCGGAAGCGACAGUUGCAGGUGGAUACGAUAGUGACCCUGGGCGGUCUGGCAGGUAGAUUUGACCAGACGAUGGCAUCGGUUGAGACCCUCCACCACGCUCUGUCCAUGACUCCGCUCCCCCUGUUGAUCAUACAGGAAACGAGCUUGGCAUAUCUACUGAGACCCGGCAGCCACAGACUGGAGGUGAACACGGGUCUGGAGGGAGACUGGUGCAGCCUCAUUCCUGUAGGAGGGCCCUGCCAAACAACUACGACCGGCCUGAAAUGGAACCUGAAUAACCAGAUCCUGCAAUUUGGGAAGCUGGUCAGCACCUCCAACACCUACGAGCCCACUGCACCAGGAAACCCCAGGCAGCCUGUAACUGUGACCACAGACCAGCCUUUGCUUUGGAGCAUGGGCAUCCAGAAGAACGGGGAGUGACACAGAAGAAAUCCUUCUUCGUAAUGAAAAUGACAGGACAGAUGCAUGCACCUACUUUUCUAGAGCUGAGCUACUGCAACGUCACCAGUUUUUCCUUGUUAUUUAUAGCACGCUGUAGGAGAGGAAAAAGCUGGAAGCACUGUCAUAUUAUACAGGGCCAAAAUGUUCACUCAACUGUUUGAGACCAUGUGACAAAAUAAAAGUCAUCUCAGGUAGAACAGGACAAUAUAAAACUGACUAAAGAGCGACCAAUCUCUUCUCUGUACACCACAGUGGCCAUCCUUGUGAGGUGUUGAUACUUGAGUGGCCACUCAUCAAAUUGCUACGACUUCUAUGAUGUCAAUGGGGACCAUACUAAUUUACUGCAUCCUUGCUGUGAUGCAUCUUCAUUAUCCAAAUUUAAAUAGAACCAUUUCUAAGUUUAUUCCUGCCUCACACAUUAAAUCAUCCUCUACAUGUGUGCAGGUAUCUGGCUUGUAUUGCAGCCUCCAACGUGUGCCUUCGACAUCAUCCUGUUCAUUAGCAAUAUCUGCUAAUUAUGGAAAAUUCAGAAUGCCUAAUUUCAAAAGUGUUUGUGCCUUUUGAUGAGUUUAAUAUUGUACUUCUUAAAAAUAAAAACUACCCAAUUCUGUACAUGUGCAGUGACAGCAAGGAUAUUUGAUUGAACAGAACGGAUCAGGCUUUGGGUUUCCAUUUGUUUUAUUUACACAUCGAAAUAUAAAUGAGCACAGAAUGUAAAAAUGCCAUCCCUUCAGUCCCCCAGUCACACCAGCCCGAUAACACGUUGCACCACAGCCUCUUGUCCACAGAUGUUGCUUGACCAGGAUUUAA